CUUUUCCCCACACGUGUGGUGGACUAAAUAAUGCUCACAGAAAACGCAUAUUUUGCUUGCAUAAUAUUAUUGACAAAAUGAAUUCUUCUAUAACAAAAUCAAAGUACGACCGAGCUACCCACGAGCAGCUUGAGCAAUAUGUAGCAUUUUGUCAAGCACACCCGGAAAUUGGCAAUAGAAAAAACUCGACAAAGUCGCCUGAGGAAAUUCAGCAGUUAUGGAAGCAGCUGGCAGAGGAGUUAAAUUCCUGUAGAGGGCCAACACGGAGUGUAGCAAAAUGGAAAGAGACUUUGGGUGUGUGGAAGAGCCAACUACGCAUACGUGGAAAGCGUUUAAAAAUGAGCCCGGGACUAACUAGUGGAGAACCAACUUCCAAACCGAUGAGCGAUUUCGAAAAAAAGGCGUUAUCCACAUUUGAUUUGCCUGCUGUUAAUGGGGCAAAGGGCUUUGGGUUAAUGUCACAUGAGCCUUUGACUGUUGAUUGCUCAACAACACCAACAGAAACUGCAUCGUCUUCGUGUAGUCGUCUGUCAUCAUGCACCUCGCCACCACCAUCGUUCAAUCAAGAGCAACCGGCAAGCGCAGAAGCCUCAAUAAAGCCUGCAUUAUCUACAUGCCCAUCGGAAAGCUUAGAAAAUCAGGAUGCUGCCACAACACAGCUAUCACGAGGGGAUCGCAAAAAACUUCUUGACACGUUGAUAGCUAAUAUUGUAGAAAGGAAUGCUGUUGGGGAACAAAAGCAACGAAUUGAAAGCGAAAGGCAACUGGAACAUAGGGAAAUGAUGCAGGCCAUUCAAGGCCUAACUAAUACUGUUGCUGAAGGGGAAAGGCAACGCACUGAAAGCGAAAGACAUCGGGAGCACCGGGAGAUGAUGCAGGCCAUUAAAGGCUUAACCAAUACUAUUGCUGAAGAGGAAAGGAAACGCAUUGCAUGUGAAAGGCGCCAGGAACACCAGGAGAUAAUGCAGGCCAUCCAAGGCCUAACUAAUACUGUUGCUGAAUUUCUUAAUGUACUGAAACAAAGGCUUCAUAACGGGUCGCAAUGAAAUAAUAAAAAAAAUAUAUUUCAAUGGA